AUGGGAGAUCCUCCACGUUCACACACGAGUCCUGAUCUCUACAGUGUGGUGGGAAUCUCGAAAGAUAUAUGCAAAGCAUACAAAUCCCUCUUCAUGAAAUGGCUUCCCGAUAAGAGUCCCACCAAAAAAUUCCAUCACGAUGCCAAAUCCGUCGGCGCUGAUGAAGAGUUCACGGUAAUCCAUGGAAAAAAGGAUGAAGACAUUGAUGAUAGCUUAUACUUCACGCGCUGCGCGUCAUUUACAUCAAGGAGUGCGAGUAGAAGUAAAACGCCAAGCCCACACUCCCGGCCGCACAGUGCAAGCCGGCGGAGCACCACCCCACUAUCCAAACUUAUGGGCAGAAGAAGCAACUCCGAAACCGAAAUUCCGUUUACCGGUUCCUUUUUAUCAAGGAAUGGGAGUAGAAGAAGUAAAACGCUUACGCCGACGCCGGCGAGCCCACGCUCCUGGACGAACGGCUCAAGCGGGCAGAGCACCACCACGCUAUCGAGCCUUAUGAGCAGAAGAAGCAACUCAGAAACCGAAAUAUCCUUUCCCUUUUUACCCCCAGAAAUCAAAACACCUAUUUUCUCUUCGCACACAGAAGCCGAAGGCUCUCAAUCAAGAAGUGCUAGGAGUAGAAGGAGCUCAUCGGAAACGGAAGCUUCACUAUUAAAAGAUGUGGGCCGAAGGUCCACCACCCCUAUCAUAUUCUCGCAAUCAACUGCGCGGCGAAAACCUCCGGCAGUGGAGAAGAAGCUCAAGUGCACGCUUGAGGAGUUGUCUGAAGGAUGUGUCAAGAAGAUCAUGAUCACAAGAGAUGUCAUCACCAACAAUGGGAUAAUCAUCCAAGAAGAGGAGAUAGUGAAGAUCAAAGUGAAACCAGGAUGGAGGGAGGGAACCAAGGUAACAUUUGAGGGAAAGGGUGAUGAAAAACCAGGGUAUCUCCCUGCUGAUAUAAUCUUCUCCAUUGAUGAAAAAACACACCCUUUGUUUAGGAGGAAAGGUGACGAUUUGGAAAUAGGAAUUGAGAUCCCUUUGGUGAAGGCUCUCACUGGUUGCUCAGUUCCAGUGCCUCUAUUAGGAGGUGAAAAGAUGACUUUGUCAUUCGAUGAUAUCAUAUAUCCAGGCUUCAGAAAACUCAUGCGAGGGUGUAGUGUGUGA